CGACAUCUCCAUGUUGGGAAACCUAUCCAUGCGGGAACGUGGGAACUCUAUAUUUUAUAUUCCUUGACCGACACUUGUCUUCGUGACCGUUCGUGCCUUUAGAUACGACGCCUUCCAUUUGAUUGAUAUAGAUUUUCGACAUAGAUAUCGUUCCUCAUUGCGGGUGGUCUCUUGCUUUCUUUCCGGCCGGAUUUGAGAUUUGAUUGCUUGCCCUGAUAUCCAACGAAUGGGCACUUGGUCAGAUAGAUUCUGCCUUUGCUCUACAUCCCUUCCCACGACCAAACCUCACAGCAGAGUGUAUAUCUCGCUCACAUUUCGCCAGCAUGCCCAGUCCAAAACUAAGAGUUGCGGUCGCCGGCCUCGGGCGUAUGGGUGCCCGCCACGCAACGCACUUCCACAAUCUCACACCCCGAGCCGAAUUGGUCGCCGCCUCAUCACCAGAAGCACACGAGCUAGCGUGGGCCGAGAAGAACCUCGACGGUGUAAGGACGUACCUCGACUACGACGACAUGUUGGACCAGGAGUGCGCGAAGGGUUUACAGGCCGUGGUCAUUGCAAGCGCGACUGCCGUACAUUCCGAGCAGGCGAUCAAAGCUAUCAAGCGCGGAUUGCACGUCCUUUGCGAGAAACCAUUGAGUACUGGCGUUGAGAAAUCUCAAGCCGUCGUCGACGCAUACCGGAAAUCCCUAACAACGUUCCCCUCGCAAAAAGUCAUCUGUGGCUUCUCACGGCGUUUCGACGCCUCGUACCGUGACGCCUACGAGAAAUUGCAGACCGGGAUGAUUGGCGUGCCGUCGGUGUUUCGGAGUCAGACGUGCGAUAAACUUGAUCCCUCGGGAUUUUUCGUCGCGUACGCGCAAUUCUCGGGCGGGAUCUUUGUCGAUUGUUCGAUUCACGAUAUCGAUCUGGCGCUGUGGUUUUUCGGGGAGGACUCGCGGGUCAAGAGCGUUAGUGCUAUUGGGAUUACUGCUGUUGAGCCGGACUUGAGAAAGCACAAUGAUCGCGACAAUGCGUUGGGGCUGGUCGAGUUUUAUGGUGGCAAGAUUGCGCAACUGUUUUGCUCGAGAAUGAUGGCUGCUGGGCAGGAGGAUUCCACUGAGAUCACUGGUACAAAGGGCAAAUUGGCCAUCAAUACGCAGCCGGCGUCGAAUUUGGUCAACAUUUAUGAAUCCAGUGGGAUCAGGAGGGAGAUUGCGCCCCAUUACUACGGACGGUUUCGCGAUGCGUUUAUUGCUGAGGCCAAUGACUUCACCGCUUGUUGUCUUGACGAUACGGCGCCACCUAUGAAGCUCGAGGGGGCUGUGAAUGCCGUGCGCAUUGGCGUUGCUUUGCAAGAAGCCUUGAUUUCGGGGAAGAAGAUUGAGUUUGAUGAGCAGGGGAAUCGAAUUGAUCAGGCAUUGAAGGAUCAGGUUCGAGCUCGAUUGUAGGUGACUGGCCUGAGCAGUCGAACAUGCACCGUCGUUGGGAUUAUAGAGAUGGGUGCUACGACAUUUAGAAAGAUAAACCGAUAAAUGGACCAUGGUUGAAAGGGCAAUGCAUGU